UAACGGAGCAGGUGCGUGGACCACCCGUGGGUGUCGGCUCAUGGAGAGGAACCUGACCCACAUCAAGUGCGGCUGUGAUCACCUCUCCAGCUUCGCUAUCCUGAUGGACGAUUCACCCAGUGAGUUUGGCCUGAACCGCCCAGUGGCGCUCAUGGUGGUGACGUAUGUGGGGAUCGGUAUAUCACUCGUGCUCCUCGUGGCGGCAUUCCUGACCUUCAUGUGCCUGAAGAACCUGCAGUCCAACACCAACACCAUCCACAAGAACCUGGUCGCCUCCAUCUUCAUCGCUGAGCUCAUCUUCCUGGUGGGGGUCAACGCUACACACAACCAGCUCAUGUGCACCUUGGUGGCCAUCCUGCUCCACUACUCCUUCCUGACUGCCUUUGCCUGGAUGUUCCUGGAGGCUCUCCACAUCUACCGCAUGCUGACCGAGAUCCGCAACAUCAACCAGGGACACAUGCGCUUCUACUACUCCAUCGGCUGGGGCGCGCCUGCCAUCAUCGUCGGACUGGCGUUCGGAGUCAAGCCUGAGAGCUACGGCAACCGUGACUUCUGCUGGCUACAGGUCAACGACCGACUCUUCUGGACGCUGGCUGGACCAAUCCUCCUGGUCGUCCUCAUCAACCUGUUUGUCUUCAUCUUCGCUGUCCGGCGGCUGCUCCGCAUGGCGAGGAAGGAUCCGGAGCACCAGUCGCUGAAAUCGGGUCUCAUGGCCACCGCCAUCCUGAUCCCGAUGCUCGGCACCACGUGGGUGUUUGGUGUGCUGGCCGUGAACCAGGAUUUGGAGACGUUUCACUACAUGUUUGCUAUCCUUACGUGCAUGCAGGGCCUGUUCGUGUUCCUGUUCCACUGUAUCUUCAACCCGAGUGUACGGCAGGGCUGGAGCAGGUGCUGGGGAAGGUGUCGAGGUAAGAAGGGUACCUACGAGGACAGCGUGACGACCAGGACCACCCUGAUGUCCCGCUCGGCGCUCGCCUACAACAACACGUCCUCCGCGGACGGCGGGCUGCACCGCAUCAACAUCGGCACAUCCACCAACUCCACAGGCAGCCGCUCCACCAGUAAGACGUCCACCAGCCAGCUUUGGCGCACGGACGGCAUGCUGAGGACUGGGUACAACCCUAACGACUAUAAACCCAACCAUCCGAUGUUCCUGGACGGGAAGGUCAACAAAGGUGGGGAAGAAAUAACAGUUGCACAAGUGGAAGGAAAACCAGCACGGAAACCCCGUCGAGUCAAAAAGAAGAAGGGUGAUUCGGACUCCGACAGCGACAUGUCACUGAACGAUCCAGACGAGGAACUGUCUCUUGCCUCCUCACAUUCCUCAGACGACGAGGAAUAUGACGGACAGCCCAACUGGGAGAAAACCAUCAAACUAAGCGACUUGUCCCUAGAGGUCGUAAUGGAGGAUGCCCCCAAAUCUCUCAGGCCGAUCCUUAAGUCUCCAAAAAGCUCGCGAUCCUCUCGGAGCAGGAGCUCCAAGUCAAGCCGGGAGCGCCGAGAAAGGCAAAUGUCGGACGAAGGUUCCGAGUCCAACUCUGACUCCUCGGCGGCGAAAGAACUCAAACAAAUCCUUAAGAAACCCGGCAGCCGCAAGGGGAUCGCUAAGAGCGCCUCUGGGAAUUUCUACUCGUCUUCGUCGAGCUCGGAUGAUUCGGAGAGCGAAUACGAGUUUCUGCAGAAAGACCCGAAAGACGCGACACAAAAUCCCCAAACAACGGCAGAUAUGCCGGAUAUGGUGGCGGAAAGCGCUGAUGGGAAAAAGGAGGCUCAGCUCGGCAAAGGAGAACAUCUAAAACCACCAGUUCACGGACCACUUCACAGUACUCCAAAAGAUCCCGUGCCAGUGAACAGAGUACCCAGAGAAAAGCCGCCCCUCAUGCCCAAACCCAAGCCGAAGUGGCCGGGGGAGCCACUGUCCGCCAGCGAGCGGGAGAGUCUGGGCAGUUUAGACAGGCUCAAGGUCGAGCCGAAGGUCAACGGGGACAAGCCCAGCCCCCCCGUCAGUCAGCACGGUGGUAGCAUCCACGGGAGCCAGCCUGACGUCGUCAGAAUACAGCCAGGUAGCCGCGAGUUCCUAACCAAACCGCUCGUGCACAAUAGCAUACUGAACGACCUCAGAUAUAAGCCGCCCUCCAGAGGGUCAAGCGAUAGUGGUAGUCGAGGUCAAGGGUCGAGGCAGACGUCGCGGGAUGACCUGGAUAGGUUACCGCACUUGCACAUGGCCAUCCGUACCAACGGCACCAUGAGCGACCAUGCCGCCUCAGACACGGACGGGAGCAACGAGACCUCCGUAUGACGACAUGUGACCUCUGACCCUGCGUGCGACCUCUGACCCAUCCUCUGCGGUGAGGCGGAACACAACCAGAAAGCAGCAAAUAUUUUUAUAAAAUACAUUUUUAUAUAUUUUGUAAUUUUGACCAGUGUUGCUAACAAAUUAUUUCUGUACAUUUUUGGAAGAUUGUCGAGAUGCGAAUCUAGGGCGCUAAGCUGUGCUAUGUAAAGUCAGAGUUGGAGAUUCUCAACUCUUGUAGCUACAAUACAAGGUUUUUCUAAGAAUAGUUGUGGUUUUUGUACAUCUGCAAUGAUAUACCCAUAAUGGGGCCUGUAUUUUACAGUUCUCAUGUUGUCAUCAAUAGGAAAUGUGAAAUCUUAGAGGUUUGUAAAUUUCAAGUGUUUUCAAAGAAUUCUAGAAGAAGCAGGUGUGUAUUUUAUUUGUUUGACAGUGGAGUUGUGUUAACGCUCACCUAUACAUGUACACUUUGACUUGUACAGAACAGUUUUAGUGGUUGGGACGACGUUUUCCCGACACGUAGAGCGUAGAAGAGUUUUAUCAACCGCACUGUGCACUAAGGUUAGCCAGCCAACAGUGUAAUAAUUAUGAUGAUGAUACGACCCGUGAUUCAGGAAGAAAUUUUGUGAUGUGUACAUGGCAUUUGUAUUAUGUAUAUUUGGACUAAAUGUGUAGGUGUUAGAAAUGAUUUAGCGAAUGUAGCUGAGGACCGUCCAAGGGCCACAAUUUGCUCUUUGUAAUGUACCAAAACUACCUGUGUACUACUUUUAACUGUAGAAUAAUACUGCUGUGAAGUAAGUAAGUUUUUGACAGCUCAACUUUUAACAGUUUGCAAGAAUUAAUGGAUUUCUGUACACAUUGUACCUUUUGUAAUUCUACAAUGAAAUUCUCAGAUGGGUUAGUGAAGUUUUAAAGACGCUCGGAUUUUGUAUAUGUAAUUUUACGUGACUUCAAAACCGCAGAUUUUUAAAAACUAUUUAAAAGUGAAUGGAGUAUAAUACUUCCUGCUGUGCCAUUGUAUUAUAGGUGCUUUAGUUUAUAAAUAUGUUGAAACUGUUGGUGAUAGUUGCGUCUGUCGUGUGGUUAAAUGUAAAAGCGUUAAUCGUUGAGUUAAUCGUAGUUUUCUGUGCAGCUUGUAAUGAUGAUGAUAAUAAUGAUACCACGGAAGUUCAAACCUUCCGAACCGCAAAACUACAUACAACUGCGUCUGUGCAGUCACAGUAUGGGCCAAGAACGUAGUACUAGCAACUUGGAUAGAAGUCAGAGCUGCUAUAAAAGGUGUGUUUUUUUGAAAAAGUGAUUUUGUAAAAGUAAAACUGUGAAUUUUGUAUGCUGCCAAUGUUUGGUCUGUACAAUAUCUCUGUGAUCCGAAUGGCAUCAGAUUAAACCCACUGGUAUGAAUUGACACCUU